AUGCCUGAUGAUGAGGGGAUUCUUCACCUAGAAGACUUGCAUGAGCCGACUCAAGAAGAUUUGGUUCAGGCGAGGAAUGGGUUGGACCCUGCAGGGCCUCAAUGGGGUGGAAACUCGCUUGCUCUGAAUCGAAAUGAUGGUCAAUACGUUGAGGUGAUUCAUACAAAUGGUGGAUUUUAUGGGAUCUUUGACCGAAUUGCCGACGCUGACUUCUAUCCUAAUGGAGGAAGGAAUCAGCCUGGAUGCUGGAGUAACGUCUGUUCCCAUGGUCGCGCGCAUGAGCUGUUUGCGGAAACUGUUCGUCGUAACCACCUCAACGGCAGGGCAUGUUCCAACAUCAAUCAAGUUUCAAAUCCAAACCAAUGCACCGGUGCUUCUUUGAGGAUGGGUAACGGAAUCAUAAACAAGAGAGGUGGAAAUCCGCUGGCUCUGAAUCGAAAUGAUGGAUAUGUUGAGGCCACAUAUGGUGGCUUCUUUGGAAUAUUUGACCGGAUCGCUAAUACCCCAAUGGAGAAAUGA